ACAGGGUCUGACUGUGUUGCCCAGGCUGUGUCUGUCACAUCUGAAUACGCACACUAAGCUCCUACAGAAGUAAACACUAUAUUAAGCAGCAGAAUUACUAAUGUGAAUACACAUUCUCAUUUGAUUUGGAGACUACCUAGGCAACUUUCAGGUUUAUAUUUAAAUUGAUCGCAAUUAGACAUGAAAAAGGGACAGAGAAUGGGCAUAAUAGAGAUCGAUUCAAGAGAACUGUUUCUUAAAAUAGACUUUAAAAAAAAAAGUUGUUCAAAACUGCCUUAAUCAAUUUUACAGAGAAAAUAUUACCUCAAAUGGUUUGAUAUGAUGACUUGAUAAGAUGUUACUUCUGAUCCAGCAGGAUUCAUUUAUUAAUAUAAAUAUUUACAUCUGUAGUACCCUCCUAGGUGGGUGACUGUUUCUAUAUGUCUGACUCAACAAAACACCGUAGCCCACAGGCAGCUAUUGGCCUUUGGACUUUGUCCUUAGGCCAGAUUCCUUAAAAGGCUUGUUGUGACAAGCUUAUUUGCUCAUUGGAAAUUUCUGUGUCUAAAUUUCCCACAGAAAUUAGGAUGUAGCACUGCUACAGCAUUUUGAUUUUUCAUCAAAACUUAUUCAAAAGACUUUUGAUAAAACUUUAAAUCAAUGUCUUAAGGAAGAAAAUUAAGUCACUUUUUAACAUAGAGCAUGUUUUAGUUUUGAACAAUAUUUAAGCUCUGCAAAUUAUAUGUUCAUAGAGAUUUAAGCAUAGGUAUACCUUGGAGAUAUUGCAAGUUCAGCUCCAGACCACCACAAUAAAACAGAUAUUACAAUAAAGGAAGCUACAUGCAUUUUUUGUUUCCCAUUUACACUAUAUUGUUGUCUGUUAAAUGUGCAUAGCACUAUGUCUAAAAAAUGUACAUACCUGUUUUGUCCCACUGAACCCAUAGCUGGAGUUGCCUUAAAAGCAGCAGCAGGAGAAUUCCUACAGGAGAGUAUCCCAAACCAUUUGGAGACAGGGCUGGUUUGAGAUUUCAAAAAAAGAAGCUCUAAAUGCCAGAGUGAUCAGUCCAAGACCUUUAUUAAAGGAACCUGCAGGGUGUUGCAAUGUAUCAUUGUGAUGGACAGCAAGAGAAAAGGGACGUUUUACCCACAUUAGUCUGUAGCCAGGGGGUGAGGGGAUGGAGUUUACAUGAAAAUUUAAGGAAUUCGGCUCAGGGUCGAGGUCAGUUUCUUUCCAGUAAACCAAGACACUAUUAUCAGUGCCUGGGAAUGUUCAAACUGGUUUGGGUUCAAGCCAGCUGAGGAAAACCUAUGGCUACAGCUGGCUGGGUCACUGUGAUUUUGGUCAGGACACAGAAAGGAAGUGGGGAAAACGGGUACCCUAGAAUACCUUAAUUUAAAAAUACUUUUGCUAAAAAAUGCUAACAAUCAUCUGAGCCUUCAGCAAGUCAUAAUCUUUGCUGUUGGAGACUCCUGCCUCAAUGAUGAUGGCGGCUGACUGACCAGGGAGGUAGUUGCUGGUAAGGUGGCUGUGGCAAUUUCUUAAAAUAAGACAAUGGAGUUUGCUGCAUUGAUGACUCCACAAAAAAUUUCUCUGUAGCAGGCAGUGCUGUUUGAUAGUAUUUUUACACACAAGAGAACUCCUUUCAAAGUUGUAGUCAGUCCUCUUAAAACUCACCCACUGCUUUAUCAGCUAAGUUUAUGUGAUAUUCUAAAUCCUUUAUCAUUUCAACAAUGCUCACGGCAUCUUCACCAGCAGUAGAUUCUAUCUCAAGAAACCACUCUCUUUUCUCCUUCAUAAGAAGCAACUCCUCAUUCAUUCAAGUUUGAUCAUAAGAUUGCAGUGAUUUAGUCAACUCUUCAGACUCUGUUUCUAACUCAAAUUAUCUUGCUAUUUUCACCAUAGCUGUAGUGAUUUCCUCCACUGAAGUCUUGAAUGCCCUCAAGGUCAUCCAUGAGAGUUGGAGUUAACUUCUUUCAAACUCCUGUUCAUGCUGAUACUUUUACCUCCUCUCAUGAAUGUUUUUAAUGGCAUCUAGAAUCCUUUCCAGAAUGUUUUUGGUUUACUUUGCUUAGAUCCAUCAGAGGAAUCACCAUCUAUGGCAACUUAUAACCUUAUGAAAUGUACUUCUUAAAUAUUAAAAUCUGAAAGUCAAAAUUAUUCCUUGAUCCAUGGGUUGCAGAAUGGAUGCUGUGUUAGAAGGCAUGAAAACAAUAUUAACCUCCUUGUACAUCUCCAUCAGAGCCUUUCAGUGACCGUGUGCAUUGUCAACGAGCAAUAGUAUUUUUAAAUAAAUCAUGUUUUAUCAGUAGGUCUCAACAGUGGACUUAAAAUAUUUAGUGAGCCAUGCUAAACAGAUGUGCUAUCAACCGGCUUUUAUUCUUCCACUUAUAGAGCACAGCAGAGUAGAUUUAGCAUAAUUUUUAAGGGUCCCAGGAUUUUCAGAAUGGUAAAUGAACAUCUGCUUCAACUUAAAGUCACCAGCCACAUCAGCCCCUAACAAGAGAAUUGCCUGUCCUUCGAAGCUUUGAAGCCAAGCAUUGACUUCUAUAACUAUGAAAGUCUUGGAUAGCAUCUUCUUCCAGUAUAAGACUGUUUUGUCUACAUUGAAAAUCUGUUAUUUAGUGUAGCCACCUUCAUCAAUGUUCUUGGGUAAAUCUUCUCAAUAACUUUCUGCAGCUUCUCCAUUAGCACUUACUGCUUCACCUCUCAUUUUUAUGUUAGGGAGAAGGCUUCUACUCUUAAACCUCAUGAAUUCACCUCUGCUAUCUUCAAACUUUUCUUCUACAACUUCCUCACCUCUCUCAGCCUUCAUAAAAAUGAAGAGAGUUAAGGCCUUGCUCUGAAUUAGGCUUUGACUUAAGAGAAUGCUGUGGCUGGUUUUCUAUCCAGAACUCUAAAACUUUCUCCUUAUCAACAACGCGGCUGUUUCACUUUCUUACCAUUCCUGUGUUACCGGAGUGGCACUUUUAAUUUCCUUCAAGAGCUUUUCCUUGGCAUUCACAACUUGACUGUUUUGGGUAUGAGGCCUAGUUUUUAGCCUAUCUCUGCUUUUAACUUGCCUUACUCAGCUUAAUCAUUUUUAGCUUUGAUUUAAAGUGAGAGAUGAAUGACACUUCCUUUCACUUGAACACUUAGAGGCCACUGUAGGGUUAUUAAUUGGCCUAAUUUCAGUAUUGCUGUGUCUCACUGAGGGAUUGGCUGAUCAGUGGAGCAGUCAGAAUAUAUACAACAUUUAUCAAAUAAGUUUGCUAUCUUAAAUGGGUACAGUUUGUGGUGGUCCAAAACAAUUCCACUAGCAACAUCAAAGAUCACUGUUCACAAAUUUCCAUAACAAAUGCAAUAAUAAUUUAAAUUUUGAAAUAUUAGGAGAAUUACCAAGAUGUAACACAGAGACAUGAAAUGAGCACAUGCUAUUGGAAAAAUGGCUCUGAUAGACUUGCUUGACAAAAAGCUGUCACAAACCAUCAUUUUGUUAAAAAAAAAAAAACAAUAUUUGCAAAGCACAAUAAAUGAAGGUAUGCCUGUAUACUACAUAUUUAUUUUUAAUAAUCAUAUAAGAAAAUUAAUUGGAUAUAAAAUAGGCUGUUCUAAAACAGCAAGAGGAAAAUAAACUUUAACAAUGCUGACAGGAGCCACGGCAUACUUGAAUUUUUAGGACUCUUGUUAAAUAUGGGUAUGGGAACUUACCCUCUGCACUAGUAUCCAGACACUUACUAGAUUAUGGCCCAUUGGGGUAUUUGCCUCUAUUAAGUAUAUUUGCUAGACUGUCAUUAUACCUUGCAAUCUAGUGUCUUUUUCUAGGUUGAUAUUGUCACAUUUAAUCUAUUAUUUCAAUGAUAUUACUCUUGCUAUGUUAAAUGUUUUUAUCAGACUUCCUUGUAGCCCCAACCAAUCUGAGAAGAUUGAAAAUCAGGGAAUCCUUUACUCCUUUUGUAAACUUGGUAAAAUGGAAUCAAUGUUUACUAGAUCUGCUUGCUGUUCUUGUGAAGAUUUCUCUGUUCUUCUUCAUCAAGAUUUGCCAAUCUUCCUCUGCACUCUUGCCCUCUGCAGUCUUUCAUCUUCCAUAAAAAUAUCGCUUAUAAUAUUCUUUUUUGAAAUGAAGUCUCACUCUGUCUCCCAGGCUGGAGUGCAGUGCCACGAUCUCGGCUCACUGCAGCCUCUGCCUCCCGGCUUUCCAGUGAUUCUCCCUCCUCAGCCUCCCAAGUAACUGGGAUUAGAGGUGCCUGCCACCAUGCCCAGCUAAUUUUUUGUAUUUUUAGUAGAGAUGGGUUUCACCAUGUUGACCAGGCUGGUCUUGAACUCCUAACUCCUAACCUCAGGUGAUCCACCCACCUUGGUCUCCCAAAGUACUGGCAUUGCAGGCAUGAGCCUGUAUGCCACCACACUCAACCUCCUUAUAAUACUCUUCUAGUCUUAUUUCCCAACUGCUGGCUUUUAUAUUUUGAAUUGUCAAUAGAAAGCCCUGCCUAUCGUGAUGAGGUUAAGGACACAUGUUUUGCUGAGAGAAGUAACUUCCAGCUGAGAAUCUUGUUUAGCAGGAGGGAAAAUCCUUUAUUUUAGAGCUUCUCCUGGAGCUUAGAGUAAGCAUUGGCUUUUAGAGGUGUUUUCUCCCUUUUUGAUGUCUGGAAGCACUAUUUUCAAGUCUGCUAGAGACCCGCUUUAAAUAAGUACAGGUGCUAAUGCUCUGAGUGCAAGUCUGUAAGGGUUAGUGAGUCCUCAAAUCACAGGAGUCUCCUGACCAAUGCUGGGAUGUUCUACUGUUCUUCAAGAAUCUGCAGCUUAAAAGUAUUAAACUAAAUACAGCAGACACCCUCAGCAUAGCAGUGAACCACAAUGGCAGCUGACAAGCAGGAACAUUUAAUGGAUUGGUCAGCAAGACCACACUUAUAUCUUGUUUAAAAUGUGUCCUUUCCUUUGGGAGGCUGAGGCAGGCAGAUCUCUUGAGGUCAGGAGUUCAAAACCAGCCUAGUCAACAUGGAGUUUUCUAAAAGUACAAAAAAAUUAGCCAGGUGUGGUGGCAGGUGGCUGUAAUCCCAGCUACUUGGGAGGCUGAGGCAGGAGAAUCGCUGGAACCCAGGAGGCUGAGGUUGCAUUGAGCCAAGAUUGCACCACUGUGCUCCAACCUGGGCAACAGAGCAAGACUCCAUCUCAAAUAAAUACAUAAAAUAAAAUGCAUCAUUUCUCUCAACAGCAAAAGCCUUAUUUUUUUCAUCCUUUAAAUAUGUUACUUUCAUAAGUAGGAUAAGAUGGUACCUUGUCUGAGAGGCUAAGACCCCCAGGCCACUUGAGAAUUUGAGAGCUUUUAGAACUUGAUGAGCAUAGCUGACUGAAUACUUCGUGUCAGCACUGCUUGUGGUAAUUACAGGAUCUGUGGAUCACAAGGCUCACAACUUGUAUCACAAGUUCUACAAGAAAAUUGGCUAACACAUAUUUGGCUCUGUUAAUCAUUUGCUGAGUUUAUAUCUUGUCCCACCAAAUGUAUUUUUUGAAAUGUCAUUACAUGAAAAGGUUCACUAUUCCAAUUAUCUGUGUUUACCAACUUUUGGAGUAAGAGUGGCUGAUUGAUUGAAUAUGUGCUUUUUAACUACACUAUUAUAUACAUUGGCCAAGCUUUUUAUAUUAACCCUACCCAUGAAGUAUCACCAAUAUGUCCCCCAGUGUGAACUUGACAUUUGUCAAAAGCCUUUUGCCAUAUAAAAGUUGUUAGUUCUUAUAUAUGAAAUCUGUCCCUUUUUUUCGACUUGAGUUCCCCAGCCUGCUUAGCUUUGCCCCUACCACCCAAGAUUUUUAAGCUUCCUAUAUUUUCUUAGAAUUUAAGAUUUUAAAGUCUUUACUUUUUAAAAUCAUUUAUUUGUAAAGGGACAUAUUUCUCAAGUGUGCUAGUUUUCCUUGAUUUUAAUGGAUUAAAAUGUGUCGUAGGUGAGCCAUUUUCUUCAAAAUGACGAUGAGUUUUUGUUCCUUUGAAAGCCUGGCCCAGGAUUUUGUUUUUGUUUUUUGAAAGUUCUUAUUUUACUUACAGAGUUAAGAAAGUUGAAUUAACUAUACAACCAGUCUCUAAAUAGAAGUUCUAAUAAAUCCUAAGAUGCUGCAGGGCACUGAAAGAGGACAAAAUUUGAUCCCUAAAGCCCUCUCCAAUCUCAUACUCGGUGAAAAUAACAAACAAAAAGCUUCAGUGUUAGUGGAAAACUGAGUUCUUAAAAAGCAGGUAAAGGUCUUGUUUACUCCUUCCCCAGAGCUGAGGAGAAAGGGUUUUCAGAUUAUAAAUAACAGAGUUGCCCUUGUAUGGCACAGAAUUGCGAUAAGACUUUACUUCUUAGGGGCUUAAAUAAUGAAGUCAGUAAAAGAGGACUGAAAACGAACAUAAAGAAGAGCUUUAGCUUUGACGCAAAGAAUUACAUCAGUGCUUGACAAAACUGAGGAUUCUUAAUUUCUAAAAACGCUUUCUUUAAGCACUUCCUAACCUUUCAUUAUCUGAGACAACAUAUCAAGUGAGCAGCAGUAUAAAGGAUGCAUGUGAUUUCGAAAUGCCACAAUUGAGCCAACUGCAGUUGCACGCGUACGUAGUAUAGAGAGGCGUGAUCAAAAAAAGAAUAUAGGGAGCAUAGGGCUUCGUCUGCAUCAAAAGAUACUCUCCCCAUCUUCUAUAGCCUUAAGUUUUGCGUAGGUAAGUUUCUCCCCGCUUGAAAGCGCCCCCAGGGACAAGAAUUCAUCUUGACCAAGCCUAAGGCCGUGGCAUGCAAGGUGUUGAGUCACCGGGUACAGCGGUCUUGCGACAUAAAUAUUAUUUGAUGACGAAGGUGCUCGGGGCCCAGGUGCCAAGGUAAACCACUGGCAAAGAUGACCGUGGUUAAGGCAGUAGAAAGGGUCGAGACGCGGUUCCAGCCCUAGAAGGAUUGCAUUUUACGAUUCAGGCAAACUUCGAGUCUCCUCAUGUGACAUGUGUGCACUCCUGGAUGGUUUUAAUUAUGAGAAACGUGGUUUGCAGCAUGAUUCCUUCCAAUCGAUAAAUCGGAAUCUCUCUCGCUCCCACCCCUUCUUAACUUCAGGCUUCCUGCAUCCCGGAGACCCCCCCGGCAGCCCCUUCCCUCCCCCGCCCCGGGGAUGCUACGGCUGGGCGCUUAGCCAUUCAUCAACCGGUUCACACCGGCGGCGGCCGCCGCGAAGUGACGUCCGGAGGGGGCGGGCCUCCGCCCCCGCCUGUCGUCUUCUGGCCCGCGGUUCCAGGCCGCGAUUGGUGGCUGGAGGGUUGCACGUAGCGCCGGCUAUAAAGGGGAGGGCUUGUGACGCAAGGGCGCCUCGGCGCGUGUAUUGGCUCCUUCGGCUGCGGGCCGGCUCGGCUACGCGCUCUGCUCGGAGCCGCUCACUGCAUGGUAGAGUCUGGUGCCCCCGCCGCCGCCUGCAUCGUCGCCACCGCCGCUCCGCCACGACCACCGCCGCCUCCUGCCCUGCAGCCACCGCCACCGCCUGUGUCGCCGCCGCCUCGGGACCGGCUGUAUGAUUAGGCCACAAUCUUCAAUGAGUAAACAUAUUCCUCAAUUCUGUGGUGUUCUUGGUCACACAUUUAUGGAGUUUCUGAAGGGCAGUGGAGAUUACUGCCAGGCACAGCACGACCUCUAUGCAGACAAGUGAACUGUAGAAACUGAUUACUGCUCCACCAAGAAGCCCCUAUAAGA